AUGUCCGAGGAAACAAUACAGCGGCCUAUGAAGCUCAAGCAGCAAAUAGUGGCACCAGGCACUGAACUCUUGAUACAACAAGAAAAUUUGGCCACAAAUAACUAUCAACAUGUAUUUCACGGCGAUUUGCGCAUUCUACUUGUUCCACAACCAUCAUUGAACGAUCCCAACGACCCAUUGCUGUGGUCGCGAUUGAAGAAGUGGAUCAGCUUUGGCAAUGGUCUCUUUUACGCCUUCAAUGGAGCGGUCACAGGACCUAUGAUGGCUGGAGGAAUGAUCCAGCUUGCCACUUUCUUCAAGCGUUCACUCUCAGAUAUCACAUAUAGCAAUGGCGCGACCUUGAUUUGUCAAGGAUUAGGUACUUUAUUCUGGAUGCCCCUUGCUGUCAAAUUCGGUCGUCGUCCAGUGUAUCUCGCAUCCAAUAUCCUCAUGGGCAUCGCUUGCGUUUGGCUUGCCAUUGCUUCUGAGAAAGAUUUCCCUUUAUUUGUCGUGGCCCGUGCCUUCCUUGGCCUCGUAGAAGCCCCUAUUGAAGCCAUCGUUCCCAGUACUGUGACAGAUAUCUUCUACCUGCACGAACGAGGAGAAAAAGUCGCCCUGUAUGGAUUGUCUGUCCUUGGCGGAAACGAAAUAGGUCCCUUGGCUUCGGCCUACAUUAUCCAGACCCUGAGCAUGAGAUGGGCAUUCUUUAUUGUCGCCAUGUCAGUUGGAAUCAGCGUGGUCACAAUGUUUUUUCUCAUGCCGGAAACCAUAUUCACCGGCCAUCGCCCCAGAAUCACUCCAGUCAGAGCCGAAGAGACGAAUGAGAUCAACGAGCAUGAAAACAAACUCUCUUACGACCAUAUUGAAGGAAUCAAUGCUCUUACCACGGCACCAGUUGAAGAGACUUCGGAAAUUGCAAUAAAGCGAUCGUACAAAGAGGAGCUCUUUCGGGUCAGUAUCAACCGCGAGGUUAGUCUUUGGCAAGUAUUCAAGCGACCUUUCAUUCUCAUGGCUUACCCUACGGUACUAUGGUCGAGUCUUGUCUAUGGUAUGAGUCUGAGCUGGAAUGUCAUUCUGGGUUGUCUUGUCGCUCAGCUUUUUGCAGCACCUCCUAAUGCCUUUGAUGUCCAAAGGCCAUACCUCUUCAAUUCCGGAUCUCAAGGCCUAGUGUUUCUUUCUCCCUUCAUCGGCUCGCUUGUAGGCACAUAUCUCUGUGGCCCUUUGGCCGAUCGGAUAGCAACAUAUUUCACGGCUCGUAACAACGGUGUCCGUGAGCCUGAGAUGCGACUACCCACCUGUAUCAUCGCCGCCUUCUUGACUUUCAUCGGUGCCUUGAUUUCUGGUCUUACUUAUCACUACAAUACGCAUUGGGCCGGUCCCAUCAUUGGAUUUGGGGUGUUGUCCACUGGUGCUCAAAUGGGUGCUACUCUGGCCAUUUCAUACACAUUAGAUUGUCACAAGGAGCUGUCCGCAGAAAUAAUGGUCACCAUUUCCUGUCUAAAAUCCGGAGUUGCUUGGAUUUGGACAUGGUGUAUCAAUGACUGGGUCACAUCCAGUGGCCUCUUGACGGUGUUCAUGUGCGUAGCGACAAUUAAUGUUGGGGUUUAUUUGACGACGUUUAUCUUUCAUCUUUACGGCAAGAAGAUCAGAAUUUGGCUUAAAAUAAGGAAUCUGAUGAGUGAGGAAUUGGUCACUGAGUAG